CCACGCCAUUAAGUCAUCAUGGAGAAAUCCUUGGCCGAGUUAAAUAAAGCUGGCUCCCGCUCAAUGUCCUCGCUGCAACCUGAACCAGCGGACAUAAUGCGCAGCAAGACAUGUUUCCGCCGAGUCAGGCUGAAUGUAGGGGGUCUCCCUCAUGAGGUCUUGUGGCGAACGUUAGACCGGCUACCACGAACACGUUUGGGGAAGUUAAGAGACUGCAACACCCAUGAGUCUCUGAUGGAAGUGUGCGACGACUACAACCUCGAGGAGAACGAGUACUUCUUUGACCGACAUCCGGGGGCAUUCACCUCGAUUCUGAACUUCUACCGCACGGGGAAGCUGCACAUGAUGGAAGAGAUGUGCGCCCUGUCGUUCAGUCAAGAGCUCGACUACUGGGGAAUCGACGAGAUCUACCUGGAGUCGUGUUGCCAGGCGAGGUACCACCAGAAAAAGGAGCAAAUGAACGAGGAGCUGAAAAGAGAGGCCGACAAUUUGAAAGACAGAGAUGGGGACGAAUUUGACAACACCUGCUGUGCUGAAAAACGGAAAAAACUUUGGGAACUCUUGGAAAAGCCCGGCUCGUCCGUUGCAGCAAAGAUCCUGGCCAUCAUCUCCAUCCUCUUCAUUGUGCUGUCCACCAUUGCCUUGUCUCUGAACACCCUUCCAGAGCUGCAGGACACCGAUGAGUUUGGCCAGUCCACAGACAACCCACAACUGGCCCAUGUGGAAGCUGUGUGUAUUGCCUGGUUUACCAUGGAGUACCUUCUUCGCUUCCUCUCCUCCCCCAACAAAUGGAAGUUCUUUAAAGGUCCCCUAAAUGUCAUCGACCUACUGGCCAUCCUGCCAUACUAUGUCACCAUUUUCCUAACAGAAUCCAACAAGAGUGUGCUGCAAUUUCAGAAUGUCCGCCGCGUGGUCCAGAUUUUUCGGAUCAUGCGUAUCCUUCGUAUAUUGAAGUUGGCGCGUCACUCCACAGGCCUUCAGUCUCUGGGCUUUACCCUGAAGAGGAGUUACAAUGAGCUGGGCCUCCUUAUCCUCUUCCUGGCAAUGGGUAUCAUGAUCUUCUCCAGUUUGGUGUUUUUCGCUGAAAAGGACGAAGAGGAUACAAAGUUUAAAAGCAUUCCAGCGUCUUUCUGGUGGGCUACUAUUACUAUGACCACAGUAGGCUAUGGAGAUAUAUACCCAAAAACUCUCCUGGGAAAGAUUGUGGGGGGGUUGUGCUGCAUAGCUGGAGUGCUGGUGAUUGCCCUGCCAAUUCCCAUUAUUGUAAAUAAUUUCUCUGAAUUCUAUAAGGAGCAAAAGAGGCAGGAAAAGGCAGUUAAACGGAGAGAAGCCCUCGAUAGGGCAAAGAGAAACGGCAGCAUUGUCUCAAUGAACUUAAAAGAGGCAUUUGCUCGUAGUGCCGAACUGAUGGAUGUCGUUGUAGAGAAAGGUGAGAGGCCUCAUGACAACAAUCUCUCUCCAAGUCGCUGGAAAUGGACGGCUAAGAGGGCUACAUCAGAGACAAGCUCAAACCGUUCCUUUAACGCCCAGGAGUUAGGUUCUCCAGACAAGGGAGAUGACAGUCCCCAGAGGCUAAAUGUGCAGAAACUAGAGGAGAUGUACAACCAGAUGGCAAAGACACAGUCACAACCCAACCUCAAUGCCAAAGACAGAGGCAAUAGAGUCAACAAACAGAGAGAUGAGAUAGAGCUGGGGGCCAUACAAGAUCACGGGCCACCAGUGUUAGGAACCAGAGAGGGAGUAGGGGACAUGAAAAGCUUGUCUAGCUUUGACAGCUACAUCAGUUGUGCAACAGACUUCCAAGAGAAUCCACGUUUCCUCCAUAGUCCAGCAAUGGACCUUGGUCUUCAGGAAGGUAACCGACUCUCCCACAGUCCGGCGACAGCGCUGUCCCAUCGCUCUAGUGCAAAAACAGGUCAACAGACCUCUAGGGAGUGUCAGCCCAUGCUAACUCCUGUGUCUGUCACAAAGCCCUCAUACUCAGAUAAUGCAAGGAAAUUCUUCUUUCCUGGAAACUCGAAAAGUCUUAUCCCUAAAGGAGGCUGCCGCAGUGAUGGGGAGUCAGGCAUGUCCCCGCUCUCAGACAGCUCAGUCCUGUCAGACCAUUCUCUUUUAAGUCCUGAAGUUUCUAUCUACACCACUGCCAGCAGCAGGACCCCACCGAUGUCCCCAGAGAGCACGACCCUGGCUCCAACUGUCUUCACCUUCCACGACUCCUCCAUCAGCAAGUACAUUGACGCCGACACAGACGAUGACGAGCACCUGCGCGACAUCUCUGACGCAAGUCCCUCAGAUUGUCUGUUGGCAGGAAAGAGCCCAAAACGCAGCAUCAACAUUAACUACCAGAGGGGCACCAACCAUUUAGAGGCAGCCCAAAAAAUGCUGGGCCAAAAUUGCUUGUUCGCCCAUGACGGGAUUCGUGGGGUGGCUCAUGAGAAUCACGUAGGACAUGAAAUGGCACAUAGACCAAAGGUUGAGAGAGGGCGUCAAAAUGCUUUGGAUAAAAGCCUCUGA